AUGUCUUCCGUCGGGAACUCCAAGCCUUCUCUUGCUAUCAAACCUCCCAAAACAAAAUUCUUUGAUCUCUCCAACCUCGGCUUGGUUCUCGUACUCUGGGACCUCCUACUCGGCCUCCCCAUCUCUUACGUCCUCACCCUCGCCAACAAGAGAAUAAUCCAAUAUCUAGGCUACGAGAAAAUCAUGCGCUGCCCAAGUGGCAUCCUCUUCAGCCGCUGUCUCUUCGUUACUCUGAAUACGGUCCUGUUGCUGGCGUGGGCGGUACAAUUGGCUCAGGAGGAUGAAGAGAAUGUUAGGAUCGAGAGAGAAAUUCAGUGGUGGGAUAGGGAGAUUGAGAGAUUGGAGGGAUUGUUGGAGAGGAGGAAGAAGGAGAAGAAAAAUAGAGCAAAGAAAAUACAGAGGAAGGAUAGUGGUUCGGGCUUAGAGGACGCUUCUGUGAUUAUCAGUGAUGGGAAGGAGUGGAGGGAAUCCUUUGCUAGGAAGGUUGCAUCUUCAAGAGAGAGAGACAGACGGGUUUACCCAAAAGUUGAAGCUUGA